UUCAACUUCGCAGGCAAGCCGGCGGCUGUCGGCGGUUGUCGGCGAUGAAAACAUUUUAUGUGAACAUCAUCUGCGGACGCAACGUACUCCAGUAAGACGAUUCGAUCCAUAUUUACCGGUAAAAUUGUUGAAACUUGAGCAAUUCGAUUUGCACUUCGCGCAAAUUUGAGUAUGUCGGCGAUCCAUCGCAGAUGCGCCGGGGACCCACUGGGACAGAUCGCUGAACGUUGUCAAUUGCAACCGGCGACUAGGCUUAAUUGCCUACUCACGAUCUCGUGUUCACAGUUACUAAAGAUUAUCAGGUGUUAACGCAGAGCAAAAAUAGAUCAAAAUUGAAACUAAUUACAAGCCUGAACGAGUGUUGAGGACUAAGAACACUAUCCUAAUCAUUCCUGUUAGCUUGAAUAACAGUCAGGUUAGCCUGUCUACGGUUAGCUCAAUAUUGAUUUGUUUUGGUGAUUUUGUCACCUCACUUGUUUCGCGGGUUCGCUCGCCUCGCUGGCGCGAAAAUGUCACUGGCAACCCAGACUUGGGCUCACACAGUCAAUCCAGAAAAUUAAUUCAGUUGCCACGGUAAAAUGUAAAUCAGCAACGGCUUAUGCAAAACAUUUUCCCAUGAGAAUCAUUCAACGGACAGGUGAAUGUACCAAAUCAAUAAGUGAUAGAUCUUACCAAUUACUGGCUGUUUAGUUUCGUUGUUAGGGGAAAUGCAAGCCAGUCGACAAAUAUCUGAAAUGGCGAGCAAAGUUUGUAUGCAGUCGAAAACUUUGCGGCCUUCUUCUGGCUUCGUAAUUUCAUUUUUAAAUCUAGUUUACUGCAGAUGAAGAAAGUGAAUACUCACGAAGAUAUUGGCUGCUUCGAGACAAAUUUUGCGAACGGUUUAUCUGUGUUAUAAAGUUCCUAUAAAGUUCCUGCAGUUGUUACGUUACGCUCACCUCAAAAAUGACCUCGGCGAGUUCUAGCGUUACGACAACACGGCGACGAACGUCGAGUUCUUCCGACAUAAUGGCCUCGAUGACGGCUUCCAGAGCUGCUGCGACGUAUUUUGACAAAAUAGAACGGUACGAGCUUCAAGAAACGCUGGCAUACACUUCAAGUGACUGGCUGCUUUCUACCGAAGACACGAGGAUUUCUGUCGAACCUCCGCAAGGCCUGAUCGCCGGAAUUCAAAUUCCGAGCAAUUUCAGCAACUGUUUACUUCUGAUCCCCGAGGAGGAAGGCAUCGAGCCGUUAGAAUUACGAGAAAUGCAUCAGAUUGUACGUGAAUUGGUGAUUGGAAUUUACAUUUUGAAUCAAACGCCUUCGAUAGCUUUGGAAGCGAACUAUGAUUGUAGUACAUCUUGCCAGAUUCCGCCUGCUUACUACGACACUCGAAUCGGCCAGAUACUCUCCGAUGUCGAUUACAUGAUGAAGAGCUUAUGGCACGGAGCUUACUUCCCAAAAGACAAAAGAACUAAAUUUGCUGAACGCUGGAGGCAGGCAGUGAAUUUGAACACCACCACAGGAGAGCCAGAAACUCGAAGGAGUUUACAACUUGUUUGGACUGAGGCAGGUAUUCUUGACUUGGCGAAAGAUCCCGAACUUACUCAAGCUUAUGAUGCAAUCCCGGAUGAAAACAAAGACGAUCCAGUCGCGAUAGAAGAGAAGAGACACUUCAUGAAGCAUGUUGACGAACUAGCACUGAAACUUACUUUGUUCCAGAACACUGUCAAUCAACAUCAAAAUAUGUUUUUGACAGAUGCCAGUUAUCACAUUUCUAGUGUAGUGAGGUCAGAUAAAAUUGAUCUUCAAAGUUACGAAAAACUGCAGAGAAGGCUUGGAGCACAUCAGGAGUUUAUCAGGAGCACGCUGCUGUUAAAGCCGGAGGUAAAGCGACAGCUGUGCCUGCUGAAAUUUAUCAGCUUCAUGGUGCCGUUUCUGAUUGCGAUCAAGAAACGCUGUAAGGUACCUGAUAUCAACAAACUGCUCCCAGCAUUCACUUUUGAGGAGUGUAAAACUGAACGUGAGUUUCCCCCACUGAUUCUAAGACCAGAAUUCAAGUGUAAGAACUUUGAUCACUCAGAGAAAUACUUUCACUUGCAUGGUGGAAUUUCAAUCAACCGCGUAACUCCACCUGCAGAGAAAAUCGCCCCAGCAGUUGUUGCAGAACGUGAAAAUCUAGAAUACAUAGCCUCAGACGCAUACAACAAAAUCAUGAGCUCAGACACUGUAAUGUUAGAAAGUUAUCCAAUGGCUGCAGUUGAAAUUGAUGAUAAAAGGUAUUUUGUCCUCAACAUUCAUUUGGAGACUUUCUAUCCUGUUUCGCCAAAACACCCACUGUGGAUUCAUGCGCAUUAUGACGAGAUUGUAAAACUCAAACCAAAGCGGCUUCCAGUACAUGAGCUACAGAUUCAUGAGCAGUUCAAGAAGAGGUAUGGCUAUCAAAGAACCGUGAAACUCAAACAGAUCCCCGUUGGGCUCCAGGCCAGCGCUCAGAGAGGUCUAGUCUCAAUAUUUCACACCAUGACACGAAGAUUGCCGCCGUCACGUCUGACAACUCAAGACUCAUCUGGUCUGUCUCUCAUUCACCAUGCUGCCAUGUUUAAUAGGCCGCAGAUUAUCACAAUGUUGGUUGUCAUGGGUUUUGAUGUUAAUGUGCGACGUUACAACAACAUUUCUUUUAUGCACUUAAUUCACCGUGAACCCAAGUUGCUGGAGCUCAAGUCUAAGGAUGAUUUAGAGUCAACGCCGAUUCUUCUAGCAGCUUCAAGUGGUGCUCUUGAUUCAGUCAAAAGCCUGAUUGAGCUUGGUGCACAGUAUACUUCUAUAGACAAGGAAGGUAAUGGAGCAGUGCAUCUUGCUGCUCUCCACUUUCACACUAACACGCUGGAAUAUUUCAUCAGUUGGAACAAUGAUGAGGUUCCAGUAUGGGACCUGCUUGUGGGUAUGCUGAAGUCUGAUGACAUCAAGAGGAAGCACAGUGCUGUUAAAUGCCUUGAAGUUCUGUCCUUAGCAUUAGAAAGCAACUGGAAGUCUAUCCUACAUGCAGGAGGGGUUCCUGCCCUUGUGGAUCUUCUCAGACUUCAGAAUGCAGAGCUGCAAUCUCUUGCAGGAUCUGUUCUGUGUAACAUUGGAAGUCAUGCAGAGGUUAGAGCCGAGGUGUCGAAAGCUGAUGCUAUCCCUGUUGUUGUCAGCCUUCUGCAUUCACCUGUGCCUAUGAUUCACUCUCGAGCUGCUGUCAUCCUUGGUGAUCUGGCUUGUUUGGAUGUUAACCAAGGAAAGAUUUUUGAAGAAGGUGGAAUAGACGCACUUGUCGGUUUGCUGGACUCUGCACUUGAACAUGUGUUGGUGAACUGCGUCAAUGCACUGAGGGUCUUGUGUGAUGGUAACCAUGACAACCAGACAGCUGUUGCUGAGAGUGGUGCCAUUGACACCCUUACUGAACUUUUGAGUGCUAAAUCUAAGAAUCUUCAAGCCAAUACAGCAGCCUGUCUGAGCUCCUUGGCCAAAGGCCAUCACGAGAACCAAGACCUUGUGGUCGCUAAGGGAGCUGUCAAGCCACUUGUCUGCUUAGCAAAGAGUACAAAGACACUUUGUCAAAAUGCAGAGCUGCAAUCUCUUGCAGGAUCUGUUCUGUGUAACAUUGGAAGUCAUGCAGAGGUUAGAGCCGAGGUGUCGAAAGCUGAUGCUAUCCCUGUUGUUGUCAGCCUUCUGCAUUCACCUGUGCCCAUGAUUCACUCUCGAGCUGCUGUCAUCCUUGGUGAUCUGGCUUGUUUGGAUGUUAACCAGGGAAAGAUUUUUGAAGAAGGUGGAAUAGAAGCACUUGUCAGUUUGCUGGACUCUGAACUUGAACAUGUGUUGGUGAACUGCGUCAAUGCACUGAGGGUCUUGUGUGAUGGUAACCAUGACAACCAGACAGCUGUUGCUAAGAGUGGUGCCAUUGACACCCUUACUGAACUUUUGAGUGCUAAAUCAAAGAAUCUUCAAGCCAAUACAGCAGCCUGUCUGAGCUCCUUGGCCAAAGGCCAUCGCGAGAACCAAGACCUUGUUGUCGCUAAGGGAGCUGUCAAGCCACUUGUCUGCUUAGCAAAGAGUACAAAGACACUUUGUCAAAAAUUUAGGCUUUUGAGAUCUCCCUCCCCAUUGGAAUUUCCCGAAGCCAUCCUUGGGGUAGGUGUGAACAUUUUCUGGAACCAAACAUUCCAUAACUAUUUUUUUCUUGUUGCAGGUGCCAGUGCUCUGUGGGCGUUGGCAGGUGUCACGCGGCAUCAGCAGCAGCGUAUUGCCAGCAUGAUUGGAAUUAACAUCCUUGUUGACAUGUUGAUGCUCAAAUCAGAAACUCUACAGUUUAUUGCUGGCAUGGCCAUCAUUGCUUUAACUACAGAGAACAUUGAGAAUCAGAACAAGAUUGUGGCUGGAGGCGGAGUGCAGCCUCUAGUGAGACUCCUGAGAUCAGCUAAGACCUCUGAAAAGGUUUUGCUGAUGGUGAUUCGUGUUCUCGGCAUCCUGUGUGUAGGCGUGGCUCAUCAGUCAAACAAAUCAACCCAGCUUGAGAUAACAAAUGCUGAAGCGCUUGUUACGCUUGUUCGUCUCCUGCGCACGUCAAAAAAGGCGCUUAUUCAGGUUGAGGUCGCGAUAACUUUGGGGAAAAUAGUUCUCAAUAAUUCACAAACACAGAAGCUUCUAGUGGAGCAGACAAAGUUUCGUGUUGUAGAACUUCUUCAUCACCUCUCCAACAAGGAAGAAACAGUUCGACAUAAAGCUGGUAUGGCGCUCGCAACAUUUGCUUACAACAACACUUCACAGCAGUAUGCCGUUAAAAACGCCGGUGGAAUUUCGUUAACGGCCUUCGAAGAGUUUCUGGGAUCUGAGAACGAAUUGUACCAGGCCCACGCGGCUUUUCAGAUCAUCAUCUUGGCACGCGUGAUUGAUAGUGAUCAGGUGACCCUGACAGCACGUGGUGUGGAAUUACUAGUGCGCUUGCUCAGUUCUGAGCAGCACAGCACACAGAUACUCGCCGCCAGUUUGUCAGCCAGUCUCGGCCACACGCGGGCUGGUGUCCCUGCGGCUUUGAUCACGGCUGGUUCUGUGGAAGCGCUCCUCGCAAAUCUGUCGUCGCUGAACGAAGAAGUUCGCAGCAGCGCCGCCGUUGCCCUUGGUUACCUUUCCUUUGACCGUACUGCUUCCCGUCUGAUGUUGCAAGCAUGUAGGAACACUCCAGGGCUGCUUGAAUCUCUUGUGGAUAACCUUGGUAACGGGAAAAUAUCCAUGGAGUUCAUGGACGAGUGGAGGCAGACCAAGAUCGUGGGACUGCCUUCAGCCAGUCUUGAGAUUCACGGAGGUCCCCCGGUACCACAGAGGUUACCCCCUGAAGAAAGAAAACGCCGACCUCGCACAACUCAAAGCAUGCCUUCCGCACGACACUUCCGCCGCCAAGACAUGAAGAGAGUGGCCUCGGCACCAAUUGUUGUAAACAGCUACCGUAACCAAGUAAAGGCGGGUAUUGUGCGAGCUAUGUUACCGCGCACUGAGUCGUCAAACUUUAGAAGCGCCUUUGGAGCUGCGGAGAUGUGGAGAUCUAAGUUACUGACGUCGCGGCCCACGCUAGAAAGGAGACUAUCCAGUAAACAUUCGUGACUUCAUCCGGGACUGUAGAAACGGUACGGUCGGCAAACCGGACCUGUUAGGUAUCCCGAAGAGUUUCCGAACACUUACGAACGUUUUUGCAUCAGUUGUUUCAUAGCAACAUCCUGUCAAAAAAUAUCGGAAAUUCUCGGAGACGAACUUAUUUACCUAAUAAUUUACAAUCUAUGGUUGUAAGAACACACGUUUCAAAGUAACGUAUGUACACAGAAUUCAUGGAACGGUUUUCAAAAAUGGUGCAAUUUCUAAAAAUUGUAAAGACUACCACCGGACAUCACUAAGCACAAAAAUAAAUUACAAAAACAAAGUU